GCACAAGGGGUCUCAGGACUGUCAUCGAGAUCUUGCUGGGAAGAGAUUUCUUCAAGCCUGCUCAAACUCUCGUAUCGGCAUACGCUUUCUAGGGUGCCUCUUCGAUUGGCGAAUAUCUUUUGUCUAGAUUCGGUGAAAGUUCGUUCGCUAUGCUGCUUAAUGAAGGAGGCGUGGUCUUGGAGCAGUGCGGUGGAAUAUUCGCAUUCCCUGCCAUAGCGGAAAAAGGCUACUUCGACAUGCGCAUCGAAGUCAAUGCUCCCGGAGGGCACUCGAGCGUACCUCCAGCUCACACGUCAUUGCUAUGCUGGCGGCGAUGCUUGUUCGAUAUGAGAACAACCCCACGAGAUCACUGUCCAAGCUCAUCAGGAAAACUCAAAUCCAACUUAGGACACUUUUAUUCGCUUGCCGUCACCAAAAAAGACAAUAAGCCCGAGAAAGUCUCAGGACCUUCUUGUUACGAACCUUUUUCUGGGCUGGAAGACUACUUAUUAUGCACUUAUUCACUUGUACAAGCGACUACCGGCAAGAACAAGUCAAAAAGGAGGUUCUUGAGCCACAAGUCGAUUCGAGUUUUCCUGAUGUUCCGGAGAGUGUCACCGAUGUAUAUCCACGCUCAAUGCCUCGCCGCACACGGGUCUGCAUUCCCUGCAUCAAUGCGCGAGGUGUUACAAAGAUUGAUGACGUCGGGCAAGGUGCUGUGUCGUGCAGAAGGAAUGCUGUUCAAGAUCCCUUCAUUCAAGGCUCUCGUCAGUAUGCCAUAAGCUGUUGACAUCGUCAAUGGUAGAGUCGUAUCAAGCGCACCGUCCGAAAAUGCGAUGGCGAUCGUCAACCACCGGAUAUCCACCGACAGGUGAGAAGCUGCAUUUAACAGGCGAUAUGACAAAGCUUCUCAUCAUCGGUGCUAGUGAGCGUUCAGUAGAUGAAGCAAAGCAGCAUGCCACUCAGCUUCUGAAAGACCUCGCCGCCCAGUUCGA